AUGGCGGCGCUCCAAGACGUCGCAAAGGACCCGCGACACCUCGCCCAGGGCCUCGAGGCCCUCGGCCAGGAGACGUUCAACGGCAAGAGCCUCACCGACCCCAUCAAGUCGGUCACGGACAAGUGGGACCUCCUGCCGGCGUUCCUCGCCGUUAAAGGUCUCGUCAAGCAGCACAUCGACUCGUUCAACUACUUUGUCGACGUCGACUUGCAGGCCAUCCUGCGCGCCAACGCCCGCAUCACGUCCGACGUCGACCCCAACUUCUUCCUCGAGUACACCGACAUCCGCGUCGGCGCGCCCGAGCGGCCCGACGACAACGCAGCGACGAGCCAGAUCACGCCGCACGAGUGCCGCCUGCGCGACCUGAGCUACUCGGCGCCCGUGUACGUCUCGGUGCGCUACACGCGCGGCCGCCAGGAGGUCGUCAGCAAGGGCAUCCGCAUCGGCCGCCUCCCGAUCAUGCUCCGCAGCAACAAGUGCAUCCUCACGGGCAAGACCAAGGGCCAGCUCGCCGAGUACAACGAGUGCCCGCUCGACCCCGGUGGCUACUUUGUCGUCAAGGGCACCGAGAAGGUCAUCCUCGUCCAGGAGCAGCUGUCCAAGAACCGCAUCAUCGUCGAGACCGAGCCCAAAAAGGGCCUCGUCCAGGCGUCGGUCACGUCGUCGACCCACGAGCGCAAGUCCAAGACGUACGUCCUCACCAAGCACGGCAAGAUCUACCUCAAGCACAACUCGAUCCACGAGGACAUCCCGAUCGCCGUCGUCCUGCGCGCGCUCGGCAUCGUCUCGGCGCGCGAGAUUGUCCAGCUCGUGUGCGGCAACGACGACGACCACCGCGCCGCGUUCGCCAUCAACAUCGAGGAGCUCGACGACCUCAAGACCAAGGCCGGCGCGCCCAUCCCCGUCCAGACGCAGCAGCAGGCGCUCGACUACAUCGGCCACCGCGUCAAGGUCAUCCGCAAGACGCCCGGCGCGCCCGGGUCCGGCGGCGGCUUCGGCGGCGGCGGCGGCGGCGCGUUCGGCGGUGGCGGGUGGGCGCCCAAGCGCCCGGCGAGCGACGAGGCGCUCGAGGUGCUCGCGACCGUCGUCCUCGCGCACGUGCCCGUCGAGGACCUUAACCUGCGGCCCAAGGCCAUCUACAUCGCCAACAUGGCCCGCCGGGUCCUCCUCGCCAUGAACGACCCCAAGAACGUCGACGACCGCGACUAUGUCGGCAACAAGCGUCUCGAGUUGGCCGGUCAGCUCCUGUCGCUCCUGUUCGAGGACCUGUUCAAGAAGUUCAACCACGACCUCAAGACCAACAUCGACAAGAUCCUCAAGAAGGCCAACCGCGCGACCGAGUUUGACGCCAUCAAGCAGUUCCAGCUCCACGGCGACGGCAUCACCCAGGGCUUUGUGCGCGCCAUCUCGACCGGCAACUGGUCGCUCAAGCGGUUCAAGAUGGAGCGAGCCGGGAUCACGCACGUCCUGAGCCGGCUGUCGUUCAUCUCGGCGCUCGGCAUGAUGACGCGCAUCUCGUCCCAGUUCGAGAAGACGCGCAAGGUCAGUGGACCGCGUGCGCUCCAGCCGAGCCAGUGGGGCAUGCUGUGCCCGAGCGACACGCCCGAGGGAGAGGCCUGUGGGCUCGUCAAGAACCUCGCCCUCAUGACCCACAUCACGACCGAUGUCGACGAGGAGCCCAUCUGGAACAUCUGCUUCCUCAUCGGCGUCGAAGACAUCAACGUCCUUGACGGCACCGAGAUCUAUGCCGAGGGGCAUCUCGUCGUCUACCUGAACGGCAACGUGCUCGGCCUGACGCGCUGCGCGCCGCGCUUCGUGCGCACGUUCCGCCAGCUCCGCCGCGCCGGCCGCAUCAACGAGUUUGUCAGCAUCUACGUCAACCUGCAGCAGCAGGCGAUCCACAUCGCCAGCGACGGCGGUCGCAUCUGUCGCCCGCUCAUCAUCGUCGAGAACCAGGCGAGCAAGGUCAAGGAGCUCCACAUGAAGAUGCUGCGCGACAAGGUCAUGACGUUCGACGAUUUUCUGCGCAAGGGCCUCAUCGAGUACCUCGACGUCAACGAGGAAAACGACGCCUACAUCGCCUUGUACGAGAACGAGCUCAAGCCCGACACGACGCACCUCGAGAUCGAGCCGUUCACGCUCCUCGGCGCCGUCGCCGGCCUCAUCCCGUACCCUCACCACAACCAGUCGCCGCGCAACACGUACCAGUGCGCCAUGGGCAAGCAGGCGAUCGGCGCCAUCGCGCACAACCAGUUGAACCGCAUCGACACGCUCCUGUACCUCAUGGUCUACCCGCAAACGCCCAUGUGCCGCACGCGCACGAUCGAGCUCAUCGGGUACGACCAGCUGCCCGCCGGCCAGAACGCGACCGUCGCCGUCAUGAGUUAUUCGGGCUACGACAUCGAGGACGCCCUCAUCCUCAACCGCGCGAGCGUCGACCGCGGCUUCGGGCGCUGCCAGGUCUUCCGCAAGUACGUCACGCUCCUCAAGCGCUACCCGAACGGCAUGUACGACCGCCUCGCCGACCCGCCCAAGAGCGAGACGGGCGAGGUCCUGCCCAAGUACGGCAUCCUCGACCUCGACGGCCUCGCCCACAUCGGCGAGCAGGUCAACCCGGGCCAGGUCUACAUCAACAAGCAGACGCCGUCGAACGCGCACGACAACCAGCUCCCCGGCUCGGAGCAGGGCGGCGCGUCGGGCGGCGUCGGCGGCGCAGGCGGCGACUCGGCGCCGUCGUGGAAGAACACGGGCAUGAGCUACCGCGGCCCGAUCCCGGGCUACAUCGACAAGGUGCUCCUCACCGACACCGACUCGGACUCGACCCUCGUCAAGGUCCUCAUUCGCCAGACCCGUCGCCCCGAGCUCGGCGACAAGUUCUCGUCGCGCCACGGGCAAAAGGGCGUCUGCGGCCUCAUCGUGCCGCAGGAGGACAUGCCGUUCAACGACCAGGGCAUCUGCCCCGACAUCAUCAUGAACCCGCACGGCUUCCCCUCGCGCAUGACGGUCGGCAAGAUGCUCGAGCUCCUGAGCGGCAAGGCGGGCGUCCUGCGCGGCACGUUCGAAUACGGCACGGCGUUCGGCGGCAGCAAGGCCGAGGACAUGAGCCGCGUCCUGAUCGACGCCGGGUACAGCUACGCCGGCAAGGACUACCUCACGAGCGGCAUCACGGGCCAGCCCCUCGAGUGCUACGUCUACAUGGGCCCCAUCUACUACCAGAAGCUCAAGCACAUGGUUCUCGACAAGAUGCACGCUCGCGCUCGUGGUCCUCGUGCCGUCCUCACCCGCCAGCCGACCGAGGGUCGCUCGCGCGACGGCGGCCUGCGCCUCGGCGAGAUGGAGCGCGACUGCCUCAUCGCCCACGGCGCGUCGCAGCUCCUCCUCGAGCGCCUCAUGGUGUCGUCGGACGCUUUCAAGGUCGACGUCUGCCAAGAGUGCGGCUUCAUGGGCUAUAACGGGUGGUGCGCGAGGUGCAAGACGUCCAAGCGGGUCGUCAAGCUCAUGCUCCCUUACGCCUGCAAGCUCCUCUUCCAGGAGCUGCUCGCGAUGAACAUCGCGCCUCGUCUCGUCCUCGAGGACGCCGUUUAGAUCUCCCUCUUCCCUCGCCCUGCCCUCAUCUCCCCCUCACGACUUCCCUCACUCGCUCUCGCAAACUCGCAUCCUCUCCCUUCCACUUCUCUCGAUACCUCGUCCCUCCUUGGCCGUCUUUGGCACCCCCCUGUUGCAACAGUGCUCGUGAUUCCUGUC